GUAAACGGACCUGAAGGUGAUAUCCGGCAGAAUAAUGAAAAAUUGUGGACAUUAGCACAGAAUUUUUCCCAUCUCAUCACCAUAGAACCAGUGGUCCAAACAGUUCUUUGGUGGGAUCCUUUGCAAGCAACAAGAGCAGUGUGUGCUCUUGUCAAACAAGAUGUAAGCUCAUUAGUCUUACUGGGCCCACCACAGAUCAAUCCACUUCUAAUAUCCUAUUCCGAUUAUAUGGGACUUCCUUUAACAACUGAAUUCGAUACCAAAGAUACUAUUGGGAAGUUUCAUGUGAGUAUGUUGCCUGAUACUACCCAUGCUGUGGCUGACAUAUUGACUUAUUAUGGCUGGGAGUCUUUUAUCUUCAUUUACGAUUUACAUAACGGAGCUGAUCAGUUGCAGAAAAUCCUUCGUUUUAUGCCUAACUACACCGCAGAUAGAAGCUUUCUGGAGAGCAGAUAAUGCGGAUUCUGCUUUUGGAUAUCUAACAGCUUCGGUACCUUCAAAUUCAGGUAGGAUUCUUUUGGCUACAUCGGAGACACUAGCAGAUGAAUUGGUUGCUAAAUACGUAGCGAGAGGAAGGAAUUUUCAUUUUAUAUUAAUUCGACCGGUCGCUUUAACAGGCCAAAGUCCAAAUGUUGGUUCAUGUAAGCUAACCAAGUUUUCUGUUGUGGAUCCCAUGAAUCCCGCUGUUAAACUUAUUGCAAACCGAUGGAAAACUCUCAUGCCUUAUGGCAGGCAAGAACCGAGAGAUAAAGAACUACCAGAUACUGCAAUUAUAAGUUAUGAUACAAGCAUCGUUCUCUAUAACACCUUUGAUCGCAUAGCAAAAGAAAAACCUGACAGUCUCAUGCCGCAUAAAGGACAAGAGACCGACUGCAUGAAAAUAGAAGGCAAAAUUCUUGAAACUGCGUCUUUCAUUAAAGAAGUAACAGUACAGCAUGCAGCAACUGGAAAAAUUAAAUUUCGUGCAGAUGGUCAGAGAUCUGAUUAUGUGUUGAAUAUUUUGGAAGUUAUGCCAUCUUUUGAAGGUUUAAAAAAGAUAGGAACGUGGUCUGAGAGCUCAAAAUUGCAAUUAACCCAAGAUUCUGGUUCGCCUAUAAGACCUUCCUCUGCAGCUUACCGGGACUCACCACCUCUGCGAGUGACAAGUAUUUUAGUAGAACCUUUUCUAAAAAUUCAUGCGGAUGGGAAGUAUGAAGGAUAUGUCAUAGACCUUUUGGAAGAACUCAUGAAAGUAAUUGGACGAAGUUAUGUUCUUAAUUUAGUGAAGGACGAAGCAUAUGGAGUUCUGUAUGAUGGAAGAUGGAAUGGAAUGAUAGGAGAACUUGUUAGAGGGGAAGCCGACCUGGCUGUGGCACCUCUGACAAAAACUAAAGAACGGGAGACGGCAAUUGACUUCAGCAAAAGUUUUAUGCUGCUAGGACUUAACAUUCUGCUGAAGAAACCCCAAGAAGAAGAGGCGGUAGCUUUCCGACCAUUUUCCUUCCUCACUAUAUGGCCUGUCGAACUAUGGAUGAUAAUUUUACUGGGUGUCGCAGUGUUUGCAGGAACUGGCUAUGGAAUAAGUCGUUUCAUUGGUGCACCGGAUCGAGUCCGAGCCCUCGAAUCAAAAGGAACUGAUAAUUUAUCCCCUUGCGGUAGCGUCUGGUUUACAUGCGGAUCACUUUUAUUCAGAGAUACAGGGAUAUAUCCAAGAAUAUUUACUCACCGAGUAUGGGCUGUGAUUUGGUGGCUUUUCUGCCUCUUUCUGUUGUUCGCUUACGUUUCUUGCUUGUCAGCUGCUCUUAUCCGAGCAAGAACAACAGUAACGACUAUCCACUCGAAGAAGACAUCGCAAGAAAUUUUAAUGGACUCGCUACAAAAGGGUUCUCCAACUAUUGGUACUGUCGCUGCUGGCUCUACAGUGAAGUUUUUCUUGAAUACCGAAAUAGGCAUAUAUCAAGAGUUUGCCCGAUACCUAAAGCAAAAUCCAGAUGUAUUGACCGCCACCUACCGAGAAGGGGUAGAAAGAGUUAGGAAUUCGGGUGGAUAUUAUGCCUACAUCAUGGAAUCCGCCUCUAGCGAAGCUGUAGCAAAUUCUAAGCCUUGUGAUACACUGGUAUCAACAGGUUUUCUAAAUACAAGGGCGUAUGCUGUAGGACUUCCGAAACAGUCUCCUGUCAGGGAUCUCAUAGAUCAUGGUAUUCUGACCCUGACGGAAAGAGGAAUUCUACGGAUGUUGUACGAAAAAUGGUGGUAUAAUGGCAGCACUCUGUGCGAGGAUCCAAAUCGAGAUCUUUUACAGAAAGUUUACAGCAAUUCUAUGACUCUGCAUGAAGUGUCUGGAGUGUUUUACUUAUUUAUAAUACUUUUACUAGUGUCUGUAGCAGCUGCUACAGUUGAAUAUUACGUAAGAACAAGACGAAUUUCAAUGGAAUGAAAGACCAUAUUUUUAUUUAGAACUUUCAGGUUGUAGUAUGACUGUGCUCAUCAUAUGGAACUUCAAAACAGAGUGCAGCAGGCAGAAACUAACACUGUAUAAAACAAAUAUAUUUCAAUAUCACCAGUCAAGUGGUUAAAUAAUGAUUCUGGAUUUUAAUUUGUUGUCACGUUUGUACAUAUAUAUAUGCAAUAAAAAAUUAUUUUUGAAAAGUUUAAUGGAAAAAAAAA